UGUUUCAGGUGCCACAUUCAGUCCACAAAGAGCCAGCAUGAUGGAGAGGAUCUUCCUGGCUGUCUUGUGUCUCUCAGGCUGGAACGUCUCCUCCUGCCUUCCCCGUCAGUACCACUAUGUGGCUGAUCCUAUGACCUGGACUGAAGCUCAGGCCUACUGCAGAGAGACCUACACAGACCUGGCCACCAUUGAAAGCCCUGAAGAGAUGAAACAGGUUAACCAGACAGUUUUACUCUCUGGUCUGGACUCAGAGGUCUGGAUCGGCCUGUACAACAACAUUCUCUGGAAGUGGUCAGACAACUACACAGGGAGUGGAGCUGAAUACAGGAAGUGGUCCUCUGGUCUACCAGAUAAUUUGGAAGCUAAUGAGCUCUGUGUGACUGCUCACACUUUUGGAUGGUUUGAUACACGUUGCAUAUGGCGACAUACUUUUGUCUGUUACAGAGGAACACAACAGGAUCCUGAAUUUGUUUACAUCAAUGAAACAAUGAGUUGGUCCAGUGCUCAGAGGUUCUGCAGGGAGAACUACAUUGACCUGGCCACUGUGAAGAACGACACUGAGUACCAGAAGGUCCUGAACAUGACACCUUCUGGAGCCUACCAUUGGAUUGGUUUACACCGAGAUCUUGAAGUUUACUGGUCCGAUGGGAGCAACUCCUCAUUCACAUACUGGGAACGUGUUUUUAACCCAUUAGGCUCCAUGACUGUAGUGUGUGGGGUUUCAGAUCUGGAGAGGUCAGGAAAAUGGAGGUUACUGCCUUGUGAAAGUAAAUUCCCGUUUGUGUGCUACAGCGUCCCUCAGCCUGUAAAGAGACAUGUGAUGAAGCUGAGGAUGAAGCCAGAGGACCCCUCUGUGAAUCUGAAUGACCCUGCUGUGAAAGCAGACAUCUUGAGAAAGCUUCAGGACAAGCUGAAGGAGAGCCAACUGAGUGGAGUCACUCUGACGUGGAGAGAGCAGCCUGACGGGAAAGUAACAAAUCAAGCACUUCUUCUCUUCACAGGCUGGGACAUCUCCUCCUGCCUCCCCCGUCAGUACCACCAUGUGGCUGAUCCCAUGACCUGGACUGAAGCGCAGGCCUACUGCAGAGAGACCUACACAGACCUGGCCACUAUUGAAAGCCCUGAAGAGAUGGACCAAGUUAACAGCACAGUUUUACUCUCCGACCUGAACUCAGAGUUCUGGAUCGGCCUGUACAGCAACAUUAUCUGGGAGUGGUCGGGCAACUACACAGGAAGUGGAGCUGAAUACAGGAAGUGGGCCUCUGGUCAUCCAGAGCUUUGGGUAGCUAAUGAGUUCUGUGUCAGUUUUAAAGCUGGUGCAUGGUAUGAUGCACGUUGCUCAUUUUCACUUACUUUUGUCUGUUACAGAGGAACACAACAGGAUCCUGAAUUUGUUUACAUCAAUGAAACAAUGAGUUGGUCCAGUGCUCAGAGGUACUGCAGGGAGAACUACAUUGACCUGGCCACUGUGAAGAACGACACCGAGAACCAGAAGAUCCAGAGCUUGACACCCUCUGGAGCCUGGCACUGGAUUGGUUUAUACAGAGAUCCUCAUGUUUACUGGUCUGAUGGGAGCAGCUCCUCAUUCAGAUACUGGGAAGAUGUUUUUAGUCCAUUAGGCUCCAUGACUGUAGUGUGUGGGGUUUCAGAUCUGGAGAGGUCAGGAAAAUGGAGGUUACUGCCUUGUGAAAGUAAAUUCCCGUUUGUGUGCUACAGCGUCCCUCAGCCUGUAAAGAGACAUGUGAUAAAGCUGAGGAUGAAGCCAGAGGACCCCUCUGUGGAUCUGAACGACCCUGCUGUGAAAGCAGACAUCCUGAGAGAGCUCCAGGACAGGCUGAAGAAGAGCGGACUGAGUGGAGUCACUCUGAAGUGGAGAGAGCAGCCUGACGGGAAAGUGUUCCACAAGGAGGGAGAAAGAUCCCACGGAAGAGAGGACUCAACUCUGAAACUGAAAUCAGACUGUCCCUUUGUUGUUCAGUAAUCUAUGCUGAACAUGACUGACACAUUUAUUGCAUGAAGUGAUGAACUGAGAAAGAAAACUGUCAUUUACAGCAUACUGGUCAUAUUUCUACUAAAACAACAGACAUGCUGUAAGAAGGAAAACUUUACAAUUAGCCUGCUCCCUUUCUGUGUUCAUAGGGCUCUUUAUGUCUAAGCUCCAGUGUAGAAUCCCUGAUUUUGUUGCAAUGGGGAAAAGUGUAAGUGUCUGCUGCAUGCGUUACUUCUUGAGAAGCCAAAAGACAGAGUGGGGCUAUCCAAUAUAAGAAAAAACAAAGAUGGCACCUAGGGCUGGGCAUUUUAAGCCGAAAUCACUUAAACCCAGUGACUAUUCAAUAGUCACUAUUCAACUAUUCGUUAGUCCCCGCUCGACUAUUCCAUGGUCACUUCUUGACUACUUGAUAGUCACUA